AUGUUAAUAUUAUCGAUAUUAUGUUUAAUAUUAUUUAUUUUAAAUAUGAAUUGUUUUUUAAAUUCAAUCAGAAAUGAAAACCCUUUAUUAGAUGAUAUAGGAAAUAAAAUAAUGAAUUAUGUUAAUGAAAAUGAAAUUCCAUUAGUAUUAACAGAUAAAAUAAUUGGUAAUCAAGCUGGUUCAAUGAGUUCAACAUAUAAUGGUUAUUUAAAAAUAAAUAAUCAAACAAAAAUAUCAGUUAUUAUUAAAUAUUCUUCAUUUAAAACAAUUUGGAAUUAUGUUCAUGCCACGGAUAUUAAUCGUUUAUAUGAAAAUGGAUGUUAUUCAAAUGUAAAUGAAAAUACAAAUCAAUAUCUUAUUGUUAAACAAGAUAAAAAUCGAAUUAUCAGUGAAAAUUGGAUACCAAGUGAAGUUUAUGUUGCUUUUAAAGGAUAUUUUUGUCAAAAUUUAAUGGCAACGUCAGCAAUUGCUUAUCCAAAAUAUUCUUAUUUGUCUUUUUUUAAAUCAAUUGAACAAAUUGAUGAUGAGAGAACAUUUGUUAUUGUAUUUAAAAAAUUAGAAAAUGGAAUUUCACUAAAAACUUAUCUUGAACAAUAUUCAAAUAAAUUAACAAAUGAAAUAGUUAAAUAUUUAAUAUAUUCAAUUUUAGUUGGAAUAAUUAAACUGAAAAAUAUGUCGAUCAUUCAUCUUGAUCUUAAUUCAGGAAAUAUUUUCCUAAUGAAUAAUGAUAAUCAACAUCCAAUUAGAUUUAUUGAUUUUGGAAUAAUGAAAUUUAUUCAUAAAUCUUCACAAUUAAAUGUUAUGUAUUCAGAAAAUUUACAUCAAUCGUUUCGAAAUGUUUUUCGUAAUUGUCCUUCUUGUUUUCAUAAUAAUUAUUUAAUGAAUAAUCUUAUUUUUCCUCAGCAAUUUCAUCAAUCAUUUAAAAAUUAUUCGAUUGAACAACUUUUAAAUCAUUCUUGGUUUUAUAACAAUUAA